AAAAAAAAAAAAAAACAGGCGAACCUUACAACAUUAGAGCCCAGUUUCUAGUGAUUUCGUCUCAAGCAAAACCAAGCUCAGCUAUUGAGCAGUUAAUAAUCGAAAUGAUCACUUGUUGAUAGAAUUUACAUAGUUGAAAUAACAAUUAUUUAGAUAAAUUAUUCUAACGGUAUAGAUUAUGCUAACAAAUUGUAACAGGUGUGUAACUUGUGGCAAUGCACACUCAACCUGAAAAGCUGUCUUAUCUCACUUUAUUCCGCAGAGAUUGGGAUUCAUUACCAUCGUUUAUGCUUUUAAAGGACAAAGAUAUAAAAAAAAGACACCUCCUAAAACCUUUCUUCUAACAAACUGCUCUUUCGGGAAUAAUGUGAAAGCUGCUUCAUCAAGUUUUUAGUUUGUGUUUCUUGCAAGUAAUGACAAACCUCCCUUCCCUUCUCUUCCAUUCAUUUCCCUCUCUUUGGCGUUACUCAAAUUUGCCCAUCUUUGCCUGCCUACAUAGAUAUAAAUCUUUUCAACAAAUUUAUGCUGCAAAACAGAACAGCAGAGGCAAGCUGAAAGUUUGUAUAGGCCAGGGACAUCAAAGUAGAAAUGGAUGAUUCUAAGAAUCAUGAUGAAGAAAAGCUCCCACUGCUGCGAAAUACGGAGGUUCCCGAAGCAGAGAGGAACCUGAUUCAGAAAGCCAUCAGUGAGACAUUUAAGAGCACAGCCAAUUUGGCCAACCUUUUACCAACUGGCACUGUCCUUGCUUUCCAACUUCUGUCCCCAAUCUUCACAAAUAUUGGCAACUGUGACUCAGUCAGCAAAUUCAUGACUGCUGCACUUGUAGCUCUCUGUGGUGCCUCAUGCUUCCUGCUAUGCUUUACUGAUAGCUUCAGAGACAACAAGGGGAAUAUCUGUUAUGGGUUUGCCACCUUGAGGGGCUUGUGGGUCGUCGAUGGAUCAACCACCCUUCCACCUCAACUUGCAGCAAAAUAUAGCCUGCGGUUUAUAGAUUUCAUGCAUGCAGUAAUGUCAAUUUUUGUAUUUACAGCAAUUGCAUUAUUUGAUAAGAAUGUGGUAAACUGCUUCUUUCCAGCACCUUCAAAAGAGACACAGGAAAUCCUUACAGCAUUGCCGGUGGGCAUUGGCGUUUUUUGCAGCUUGCUGUUUGUUGCAUUUCCUACAGAGAGACAUGGAAUUGGUUUCCCCCUUUCAACAAAAUAA